GCGGACCCUUAACCUGUGACUAGCCUAGCCCUUCUUGCAGCUAUUCCUCUUUCUUUAGGCUCAAUUAAUCAAUGCUUUGUCACUCUUAUGGCUAUUUAACCUGUUGUUAAAUUGUCUUAUAAAUAACGCGUGGAUAUGUUAGAGUUUAAUCUGGCAUUUGCAAGGUUUAAACCCCUCGCUUCAGCUGCUAGCUAUCUCGGUUAGCUUGCCAUGCUAGCUUGUUGACAACAACAACAUUCCUGCUCGGAUUAUCAAUCCCGAUAAGAGAGAGAGAGGAGGGAGCUGAAAGAACAGAAACUACACCAUGUCUAUUCAGUAUGAGGAGCCCACGUUAGCGGGGAGUUACGGUGUGGUGGGCUCGUUUCCUAAAAGUUUUGGUUACGGGGUUGAAGAGGAGGAAGAGGAGGACGACAUGGAUGAGAGCUCAGCAUCAGCAGACAAGCCCAGGAUCCUGCUGAUGGGUCUGAGGAGGAGUGGAAAGUCCUCCAUCCAGAAGGUGGUUUUCCACAAAAUGUCACCAAAUGAGACUCUGUUCCUCGAGAGCACCAACAAAAUCUACAAGGACGACAUUUCCAGCAGCUCCUUUGUCAACUUCCAGAUCUGGGACUUUCCUGGCCAGGUGGACUUCUUCGACCCUGCAUUCGACAGCGAGAUGAUCUUCAAGGGAGCCGGCGCCUUGAUUUUUGUCAUUGACGCUCAGGAUGAUUACAUGGAAGCUCUCGUACGGCUACAUCUAACCGUAUCCAGAGCCUACAAAGUGAAUCCAGACAUCAACUUUGAAGUGUUCAUCCAUAAAGUAGACGGUCUGUCAGAUGACCACAAAAUAGAAACACAGAGAGACAUUCAUCAGAGGGCCAACGAUGACCUGGCGGAUGCCAGCCUGGAGAAAGUUCACCUCAGUUUCUACUUGACCAGCAUCUACGACCACUCCAUAUUCGAGGCCUUCAGUAAAGUCGUCCAGAAGCUCAUUCCUCAGCUGCCGACUCUGGAGAACCUUUUGAACAUUUUCAUAUCUCACUCUGGGAUUGAGAAAGCCUUCCUGUUUGAUGUUGUCAGCAAGAUUUACAUCGCCACAGACAGCUCUCCUGUGGACAUGCAGUCCUACGAACUCUGCUGUGAUAUGAUAGAUGUCGUCAUCGAUGUCUCCUGCAUUUACGGACUAAUGGAGGAUGGCAGCGGCUGUGCGUAUGACAAGGAGUCUUUGGCUAUCAUCAAACUGAACAACACUACAGUGCUUUAUUUGAAAGAGGUCACAAAGUUCCUCGCGCUCGUCUGCAUCCUCAGAGAGGAGAGCUUCGAGAGGAAAGGUUUGAUAGAAUACAACUUUCACUGUUUCCGUAAAGCCAUCCACGAAGUGUUUGAAGUUGGCGCCUCGACACCGAGCGACGUCCAGAAUCCAGCGAGCUCGUCCAGCAACAGCCUGACGGGCUUAAAAUAUGCUGCACUGAACGGAAGCGCCCAUUAAGAGAGGGUGAAGAAGACGACGACGUGACUUUACUGUAAUUCUUUGGUUUACCUGAAGUGCGGUGAGGGGUGGAGAAAUCGUAUCGAGGAAGCACUUGAACACACGUUGCCUUGUUUUAUGCAACUGAAUGUGAAUCAGUUAGAGAAGCUGAGCCGCAGCUGUUGAACUGAGCUCAGAUUAUAGACCUUAACUUUUACAGUUUUCAGGGAGGAUGAGAGGUGAAAAGAUCAACUUUAUUGAUCUUAAUCUGAUCUACCUGCUUCUCUUGUAACAAAGCCUGUAACAAAGAGAAGAAAUAUGUUUGUCAAACUUGUCUGGAUUCAUACUCUUAGGGCCUGAUUUACUAAAGGUUUGCGUGUGUAAAAACGUGUGCAAAUUUGACAUCACCCGCAAAAAAUGUGCAAGCUGAUCUACUAACGCAGCGCACUGAGGUUUGCGUCUUUCAACUGUGCAAGAUAAUAUACGCUGUCCAUUUAGUACGUUUGCCAUAAUGAAUAUGUGAUAUGGGGCGUUUCAAUCCCAGUGUGCAAAAUACAGGGAGUAGAAAAUGCAAAUAUGUUACGCGCAUUGUGAUUUACCAAACCUGAAGGUAUUAUUUCUGACGCUAACUGUGUCUAUAAAUAAUUCCUUUGACAAAAAGUCAUCUGUGCGCAGUGCGCAGCCGGUUAAUACCUGCCCCUCAAAGGUAUUAUUUAUAGACGCAGUUAGAGUCAGAAAUAAUACCUUCAGUUUUGGUAAAUCACAAUGCGUGUGCUAAAUAACAUAUUUGCAUUUUCUCCUCCCUGUAUUUUGCACACCGGGGUUGAAACGCCCCAUAUUACAUAUUCAUUAUGGCAAAUGUACUAAAUAGACAGCGCGUACUAUCUUGCACAGUUGAAAGACGCAAACCUCAAUUCGCUGCGUUAGUAGAUCAGCUUACACAUUUUUUGCGGGUGAUGUCAAGUUUGCACACGUUUUUACUAACGUAGACCUUUGGUAAAUCAGGCCCUAAGAGGUGACACAUGCCAAAAAUAACUCAAUAAUGUACGUACCAUGUUUUUCCUGCACAAUUAUCAGUAUGUCAGCCAUGUUUACCUUCUCGGCCAGUUAACUCUCUGUACUCUACAUUAUAAUCAUACUUAGUACUAAGUCUCGUGGUACAGUUUAAGCACAACGCACAAUGUAAAACGCUUCAUUGACUCAACCAGUAACUUGAGUUUGAAGCUUGUUUGCACCAGGUACGCUACGACAGCACAAACUUUUUAUUUUCCUGCUCAUUUUACCGUGAAAUAUUGCUGUAAGUGGGUUUAAUCCCCGAUAUGAAAAAAAGAAAAGAAAGUCCUGUGGAGCGUAGUGUUUGUUCUUCAGUGUGUUUUCUGUUGAUAAUGACUCAUGCGACCAGUGCUCUGCUCAGGAUCUCCACAGACCAGGACUGUGCCAGCUCCACCAUUAGAGCCUCGGUUGAUUAACAGAGGAGGUGACUGCAUUUUCGUCUUAAUGGAGUCUGGAAUAACUGAUUAUGCUUUUCGCUCGGCCGACACUCCACGCCUGAUGACAGCUGAGUUUUUGUAGCUUGAUGACCAUUUUGGCCAAAUUUACCACACAGAGAUUCAGUUUGUAGCAGCUGUGUUUGCUUUUCUGUACGACUUGAUUAAUAUUUCAGAGGCCAUGAGGAUUUGUUUUUACUACUGUAUAAAGUUCUUUAAUAAAAUAAGUUUCUA